ACAGUAUCCAGGUGAGACCAAGUCAGCAUCGACGCACGAGACGCCGACUGGCUACCCCGAGGAAAGGUCUCACAAUAAUAGAGCUUUCCUGUCACAAGGGUUCCCGUCACCAAGAACUUCAUCCGUCCUGCUCUCCUGAGGAGCUCCUUCACCCACCUCCUCUUCCUCCGGCCCUUCCACCUCUGAGGCCGCAGCCAUGAACUGGUCUGCGCUGGAGGCGCUCCUCAGCGGGGUCAACAAGUACUCCACCGUGUUCGGCCGGGUCUGGCUGUCCAUGGUCUUCGUCUUUCGGGUGAUGGUGUUCGUGGUGGCCGCCCAGCGAGUGUGGGGCGACGAGAACAAGGACUUUGUCUGCAACACCGCCCAGCCAGGCUGCGUCAACGUGUGCUACGACCACAUCUUCCCCAUCUCGCACAUCCGCCUGUGGGCCCUGCAGCUCAUCUUCGUCACCUGCCCUUCGCUGAUGGUGGUCGGACACGUCAAGUAUCGGGAGAAGAAGGACAUGCAGUACACCGUCUCCCACAAGGGCGCCCAUCUGUACGCCAACCCAGGAAAGAAACGAGGGGGGUUGUGGUGGACUUACUUGGUAAGCCUGAUUUUCAAGGCAGGCUUUGACGCUGGCUUCCUCUACAUCCUGUACCACAUCUACGAAGGUUACGACUUGCCCCGUUUGUCCAAGUGCUCCCUGGACCCAUGCCCCAACACAGUGGACUGCUACAUAUCCCGCCCUACUGAGAAGAAGAUCUUCACCCUCUUCAUGGUCAUCUCAUCUGGGGUCUGCAUCCUGAUGUGCAUCUGUGAGAUGAUCUACCUGAUCUGCAAGCGCAUCCAGAAACUCAUAAAGAGGAAGGCUGAGGCAGACAGGAGGCUAUUCGCAGAGAAUCACGAGAUGACCCCGCUGGCGGCACCCAGGUCAUCUGUCAGAGUGGAUCCCACAGCCUCCAUCCAGAACAUCAGUAACAUGAAAGCUGAAGAGGCGCCUGCCAAGAAGUCAUAACACGCUGUAUAUAACGUGCCCAUGCUGAAAUUAAAAACAGUUCAAGGUACAACAGCAACUGGAGGCACAGACUAUGGAGAACUGCUGCUCUACACUGAAGAGAUUCUCUUUACUUCAGGGAUUUCUGACAGCGAUUUGUAAAUAUUAUCUGGUUUAAUGACAUUCUGCAAGAGUGCGCACCUUAUGCAUGAAAAUAUACUCCUAAAAGGGGGAUUACAGAGAAAGCUCGAGGGUUUUGAGUUGUCUUUUUUUUUCCUUUGCACUGAUGUGCUGUGUGUUUGAGUAUGUUUAUGUUUUGUGUAUGUAUCGCUGGCAGUUUAAGCUGCUAGAUCUAGCACUUAGUAAAUAACACUUUUUAAAGUAUGAGGGAAAAAACAACUCCAUGUGGCACAAAGACAGGCAAAUAAAAAGCCAAAGCUUUCACCUGCAUCUACACACUGCCCCCUAAUGAAUAAAACAGGAUAAAGCAGAACACUUCAUUUGGUGGACACAUAGAAUUUGUAUUUGUAUUUCAAUAUUAAAGAUGCAGAAAAUACUUUUUGUUUUGACACUUAGUGAUAUGAUAUCUGUGUGAACUACUGAAAAUGUAUGCCAAAAAAAUUGUUUUUAUAUCCACAUUAAUGUAUUUUGUAACAAAAUGAAGUUAAAUUAUGUAAUAUAUGUUUUUUGUAUUUAUUGUUGAAACAUUUAAAGUUGUUUUUCUGUUACUCUA